CUUCCUAUUGUUAUUUGUCUUACUAAAACUGAGAUUCAUAAAUCAAGUUUGUGGGCACAUUCAUAUACAUAUUUGAACGUUAAAUAAGUCAAAAUGCAAAAGCUGGAUUUUGAGCAAGACGGACAUAAAUAUACUUCAGGCAUGUCUGGGAGGACCAAGAUAGGCCUGAUAGCUGCCGUCGCCGUCGCUGUUAUAUUGGUAGCGAUAAUAACACCCGUGGCUUACUUUCUCACACGUCCGGACGAUUCAGCUUCGCCGUUACCCACCUACCCUACCCAGAAACCUGAUCACACGGCUGCAGAGAGACUGAACUGUUACCCCGAGGACGAGAGUAAUCUGGAAAGUGUUACAAGAGAAAAGUGCGAGUUGCGGAACUGUGUUUACAAGCCCGACCCAGGGGAAGGGGGGCCGCUGUGUUAUUUUCCUGUCGGUGGACACGGAUACGCGGUGACUGGAGCCGAAGACACGGAUCUCGGGUUCAAAGUUGCGCUUUCUCAACGAGGAAAAUUCCCUUUCGGCGCGGCAGUCCAGGAACUAGUGUUUCAAGUGGAGAUAAGAAGUGAUCACUUACUUAGAUUCAAGUUUGAUGAUCCCAAUCGCAGCAGAUACAAGGUACCAGUGGUUUUAAAUUUACCACGAAAGAAAGCCAAAAACCCAAAAUAUAAAGUAGAAAUCUUCAACCAGACGGGAACAGAUCUGUUUGCUUUCCGUAUUAUCAGAAUACAAACUGGCACUGUUAUAUGGGACACUGGCAUUGGGGGAUUGACGUUUACUGACCAGUUUUUGCAGAUCGCCACAAGGCUCCCUUCAUCGAAUAUUUAUGGAUUUGGUGAAAAUCGACACAAAUCAUUCCGACAUGAUCUCAAGAAGACGUGGCCUAUGUUCUCCAGAGACCAAGGACCUGGCUUUGUGGAUGAGGCAAACCUGUAUGGUGUCCAUCCAUUCUACACCUGUAUUGAGGAUCCCAAAGGCAACAGUCAUGGAGUUCUGUUACUUAACAGUAAUGCUCAAGAGUACAGCUUUACAACUGCACCAUCUCUUACAUACAGAACAAUUGGAGGCAUUCUUGACUUCUACGUGUUCAUGGGCCCAACUCCUGAAGCAGUUAUUCAGCAGUACACAGAAGUUAUUGGUAGACCAUACAUGCCUCCGUAUUGGGCACUGGGCUUCCAGUUAUGUCGCUUUGGAUACAACAACACAGACGAUCUUAAAGCUGCCGUGAACCGGACUAAGAAGUAUGCCAUUCCUCAUGAUGUGCAGUAUGCCGAUAUUGACUACAUGGAUAAAUGGAAGGACUUCACGGUCGAUAAUGUCAGUUUUGCUGGUCUCAAUGACUACUUCCAAAGUCUACGAGAUGGUGGCAUGCGAACUAUCAUUAUACUGGACCCGGCUUUAAUCACGAACGUGUCUGGGUACGAGCCAUACAACCAGAUGAAGACCGUUCACGGCAACAUUCAGUGGCCAGAAAAUAGUUCCAGUAUUCCCAGUGACAGCAAAGAUGAUGAUAAUUCUCUGCUUGGUUAUGUUUGGCCAAAUGGAAAGGUCGUGUUUCCAGAUUUUUUCAAGAAUAGCACCAGACAAGUCUGGCAAGAUCUGAUUGUCAAGCAACAUUCAACUCUAGUCUUUGAUGGGCUUUGGAUUGACAUGAAUGAGCCUGCUAAUUUUGGAACCAAUGAAGAACGGCCGUGGAACUGGCCUGAGAGUGCUAAACCAUACUGGAGUCUGAAGUGUCCCACCAGCACGCUGGAUGACCCACCAUAUAGAACAAAGGCAUCCUAUUUGUAUGAUGGCAAGAUGAAAGCCAGACUGUCGGAAAAAACCAUUUGCAUGAUAGCCAGACAGGGAGACACUGGAGAAUACAGCCACUAUGAUGUCCACAGUCUGUAUGGCUGGAGUCAGACCAAGCCUACAUUAAUAGGUGCAAGAAAAGCUACUGGAGAGCGCAGUGUAAUCAUAUCACGGUCAACGUUUACCGGCAGUGGACAGUAUGCUGGACACUGGCUAGGAGAUAACAUCAGCAAGUGGUCACACUUGGCAGAAUCCAUCAUUGGCAUGCUUGAAUUUAAUCUCUUUGGAAUUCCAUAUAUUGGAGCAGACAUUUGUGGAUUCAUGGACAACACAACUGAAGAAAUGUGUCACCGGUGGAUGCAACUUGGAGCAUUCUACCCAUUUAGUAGAAACCAUAAUGGAAUAAAAAAUAUGCCUCAAGAUCCAGGUGCCCUUGGUGAUUUUGUGGGGAACUCUUCAAGGGAAAUGAUGGAAACCCGCUACUGGCUGCUGCCGUACCUCUACACACUGUUCCAUUACGCUCACACACAGGGGGACACAGUGGUUCGACCUCUACACCAUGAAUUUUCAACAGAUGGGCGAACAUACAGCAUUGAUCGACAGUUCCUUUGGGGUUCAGCUUUGAUGGUGUCCCCUAUUCUUGAAAUGGGUCAAACGAAGCUGAGCUAUUAUCUACCAGUUGGCCGGUGGUACAAUCUGUUCACAAAAGCAGCAGAGCAUGGUCCUAGUCAUAAGGAGAUUGCAGUGACACUGGACUCUAAACCUCUCGUACAAGUGAGAGGAGGACACAUACUGCCAAUGCAGGCACCAGCAAAUAACACACAUUACAGCCGCAGAAAUCCAUUCAAACUGUUGGUUGCAUUAGACAUGGAGGAUGUCUCGGGAGGAAAAGCUCAAGGAAGUCUCUUCUGGGAUGAUGGUGUUUCUAUAGACACGUUUGAAAAUGGAAAUUACUACAUCACAAGAUACAGUGCCUCUAAGCAAAGUUUACACGUAACUGUGGAGCGCAACAGUGUUUCUGAGAUCAAGGAUCUGUAUUACGAUACAAUAGAAAUUCUGGGAGUCCUGUCCGACGUCACAAAGGUAUUUCUUCAGAAGACAGCGUCUGGAGAUUGGGUGUACAACUUUACAUACAACAAAGCAGAACAGAUACUACUAAUUCAUGAUGCAAACUUUCCACUUCAAAGUUCUUUUAGUCUGCACUGGGGACAUUUUGACGAGUCUGACUUCAGUAGAAUUGACUGUUAUCCUGAAAUCCAAGGACGGCAGGAGAGAGUUACCAAAGAAAACUGCAAACAGCGAGGAUGCACAUAUAAACCUGCUGAUCAUUCUGCUAUCCCAGCUUGCUUCACCAGCGAGGAGAACCAGGGCUACUCUAUAAAUGGCACAGUCGAGAAUACAACACUGGGCCUUCGUGUUCCCCUCGUAAGACGUGGAUCUGGAAUGUACCAACAGAAUAUUGAACAUGUUACGUUUGAGGUGGAGUUCAGAGGAGAUGAUAUGAUUCACUUCAAGUUUUAUGAUCCAAACAUUAGAAGAUACGAAGUUCCUAUUGAAUUAAAUUUAGAACUGCAGAAAGGAAACAACUCGCAGAUGAGACUGAACAUUACCAACAAUGAAACCUUCAGUUUUCAGAUCAUCAGAACUUCCACAGAUGUAGUCUUGUGGGAUACGAGUGUUGGCGGUCUUAACUUUGCUGAUCAGUUUCUACAGAUUGCCACUCGCCUGCCAUCUCAGUACGUGUAUGGGCUGGGCGAGAACCUGCACAAGUCACUGAGACAUAACUUGUGGUACCAGACGUGGCCAGCCUUCUCCAGAGACCAACCUGUUGUGGAUGCGUGGGGCGAUAACAACAACCACUAUGGAGUGCAUCCAUUCUACAUGUGUAUGGAAGAAGAUGGCAAGGCACAUGGAGUUCUCCUCCUCAACAGUAAUGCACAAGAUUUCUCAUUUUCACCUUUGCCGAUGCUGACAUACCGUACAACUGGUGGCAUCUUGGAUUUCUACAUGUUUCUAGGAUCCAGCCCAGAGCUUGUUGUUCAACAAUACACAAAGAUGAUUGGUUUACCAUACAUGCCACCAUAUUGGGGUCUGGGUUUCCAACAGUGUCGCUAUGGUUACAACAGUCUGGACAAACUGAAAGCUGCAGUUAACAGGACCAGAUCGGCUGAUAUUCCACUGGAUGUGCAGUAUGCCGAUAUUGACCACAUGGAUGAAAGGAAGGACUUCACAAUAGAUAUGGUUAAUUUCAAGGGUCUGCCCGAUUACUUCAGAGAACUACGUAACUUAGGAAUGAAGACCAUCAUCCUACUAGAUCCUACUCUGAUCAGCAAUGAGACAAAUUACGAACCCUAUGAGAAAAUGAAAGCUGUUGGAGCAAACAUAAAGUGGCCGGAAAACGUCACCAAACCUGAAGGAAGCUUUGAUUCAGAUCGGGCUAUUCUGGGAUAUGUCUGGCCAAAAGGAAAAGUUGUGUUUCCAGACUUUUUCAAGAACAAGACUAUUGAAGUUUGGAAAAGUUUAAUCAACGAAAGCAUACAUAGGCUGCCUGUUGAUGGGUUAUGGAUUGACAUGAAUGAACCUGCUAAUUUUGGAACCAAUGAAGAGAAGCCGUUUAACUGGCCUGAGAAGGACAAGCCCUACUGGAGUCUGAAGUGUCCCUAUAACCAGUAUGAUGACCCACCCUACAGAACCAAGGCAGCUUACAACUAUGAUAACAGUGACAGGAAGGGACGUCUGUCAGAUAAGACUUUGUGCAUGGUGUCUCGACAGGGCCAGCAUGACGAAUACAAACACUAUGAUGUUCAUAGUCUGUAUGGCUGGAGUCAGACACGGCCAACAUUGGACGCACUUCGUGAUGCUACUGGGAACAGAGGGCUGGUGAUAUCCCGAUCUACAUUUCCAGGAAGUGGUAAAUACACCGGCCACUGGCUCGGUGAUAACCGCAGCACAUGGAGAGACAUGAAGCUGUCUAUUAUAGGGAUUCUUGAAUUCAACCUUUUUGGAAUACCUUAUAUUGGAGCUGACAUAUGUGGGUUUUUUGACGAUACGAACCCAGAACUCUGUAAGCGAUGGAUGCAGCUUGGAGCAUUCUACACGUUCAGCAGGAACCACAAUGGGAUUAAUUACAUAGACCAAGAUCCUGGAUUGUUUGGAGGGGUAGUUACCUCCCUUGCUAGGGAUGCAAUCCGUACACGUUACUGGCUUCUUCCCUACCUGUACACACUGUUCCAUUACGCCCACGUGGAAGGUCAAACUGUUAUUCGACCUCUACAUCAUGAAUUCAGUAAAGACAAAAUGACAUACAGUAUUGAUGAGCAGUUUCUCUGGGGUCCAGCUUUGUUGAUAUCUCCUAUUUUACAGGAAAAGCAACGAAUUCUGCACCUGUAUCUGCCUAAAGGACGAUGGUAUAAUUACUAUACUGGUAAAAUAGUGACACAGACUGGCCAAGAAAUGAUAACCCAGUCUGUAAACGAUGACUCUCCAAUACCACUGCAUAUCCGAGGAGGUCAUAUAAUUCCUAUGCAAGAACCAGCAAAUACCACCUUUUUCAGUCGUCAGAACCCAUUUAGGUUGGUUGUUGCCCUGGAGAAUGAGACAACUCAUGAAUACCAAGCUAGUGGCUCCCUCUUCUGGGAUGAUGGAGUAUCAACAGACACCUACCAAGUUGGAAAUUAUUACUUUUCCCUCUUUGAGUGUAAACAGAAUACACUAAAUAUGACUGUUAAGCAUGAUAACGUGACUGGAAUGGGAUCACUGCACAUGGAAACUGUUGAGAUUUGGGGACUGAAGGGCCCAAUCAACAAUGUCACCGUAAAUGGCGCUCCAAACAAUUUCAACAACAGCCAUCCUGAGGUUCUGCUUUUGAAGAAUCUUUCUUUGUCACUGAACACAAACUUUAGCAUUUCAUGGAUGUAGCAAUUUUAUACCUCAAAUAUUCAACAUAUCCCUACAGGCACCACACCACCAUUUGUAGUGUAGUUACUUGUUGUAGCCACUUUCUCAUUUAGGAAAUAGUUCAUCUUUAAAAAAAUAAUACAAAAUUCUGAAAUG